AUGCUGUCAUCUGCUCAUGAUGAUCAUCUCGUGAUUGUUCUGAUACCUGAAUGCAAUGAUCAUCUCUUUAGCAAUCUGUGGCAAUCAGCAUUUGUUCAAUAUACAAGUGCUUUCUCUACGCUAGCCGGUAUUUCAGUAUUACGAUUACCCUGGCCGAAAGCACCUCUCACUGUACCUGCACGUUCGAAAACAACAUAUGUUGCUGGUUUAGUCUGGGGAUAUCACUUUGUUGUAGAUCGUUGA